AUGGAGAUUGUUAGUGGCAAGAGUAAUACUAAACACAAGGGAAGUGCUGAUCACGUCUCCCUUAUCAAUUGGGUAACUAUGGAGAUUGUUUUUUCAUUUGAUGUGUGUGUGAAUGUGCUAUACGUCUGCUUAGGCCACUUAUCUGAAUCUCAGGCAUUGACGCUGCAACAGACAGGGGACAUAAUGGAUAUUGUAGAUCCAGUGCUUGAUGGUGACUUCAACAGCAAAGAAGCAGUAAGGAUGAUCAAAGUUGCUCUAGUUUGCACACAUUCAUCUCCUUCUUUAAGACCUACAAUGUCUGAGGCUGUACAAAUGCUCGAAGGAGAGAUUGAAGUAACGCAAGUUAUGUCAGAUCAUGGUUUAUAUGGGCAUAACUGGAGCAUCUCAAAGCUGAGGGACGCUGAUACACAUGCUAGCCUGAACAUAUAUGGUGUGACCGAUCAAACAGCAUCGACAAUGAAGUCCUCUGUUUCUGCUAGUGAUCUCUACCCGUUGUAUCCCGAAUCUCUGAUCCUAAACUCCACAUAA